AUGACAGUAUUGAAGGGUAAAGGCUCGAAGAGCCACAAAAAACACGGCCAUUCCACCUCGCGCAUUCCUAUUGCAGAUGAAGAUCAAGGCUCAUCCAUUGAACUGCAAAACGUCAACAAUUGCCAAGCUGACGAAGAAAUCAAAUCAUCUUUCAAAUCUUUAUUCACAUUCACGAUGAAGAAGCACACAUUCAACAUAGUCAUAUGUAUUAUUUUCGCAAUUGUGAGCGGUGUUUUGAAACCGAUAUCAGCAAUCUUCUAUGGAAACAUCUUUAGUGCUCUUACCCAAUUUGGAAGCGGUAACAUCACAGCACAAGAGACCUUACAUCGAGUCUCGAAAUGGUGCAUAGCUAUAUCCGUACUUGGCGGCGCGGUAUGGUUAUUUGAGGGACUAUUUCUGUGCUCGUGGAUGAUAUUUGGAGAACUUCAAGCGAGAAGCGUCCGCGAGAAAAUGUUUGCUGGCAUGUUGGAGAAGGACUUGGAGUGGUUUGAUUUACGUAAAGAUGGUAUCGGAUCGUUAUUGAUUCGAAUUGAAACUCAAAUUCGAGAGCUUCAAUUAUCUACAUCUCAACCUCUUGGAUUUCUUUUGUUCGAGACAGCAAGCGCCACUGCAGCGCUUGGGACCGCCUUCUAUUACUCAUGGAAUCUAACGCUGGUAAUUAUAGCGACAUUUCCUAUCGCUGGUGGAAUACUCUAUCGCAUCUCUAGGAAGAUGGGCCCUGCCAUCGAAGCACAGAAAAGAGAACUGUCGCAAGCAUCGAAAUUCACCAACACUGCCAUCACAGCUAUCGAUACUGUCAAAUCAUUCAAUGGGCAAGACCAGGAAGUAUGGCAAUAUUUUCUGGCAAUCAAAAGAUCUACCGUUUAUUACCUGAUUCAAGCCAGGUCAAAUGCAAUUCAGUUUGGAAUUACGAAGUUUGUCAUGAUAGUAAUUUUUGUUCAAGGCUUUGGGUAUGGUAUUACUUUAGUCGACGAUGGGCUUGAUGCUGGAAAGGUUCUUACGACUUUCUAUUCUUGUCUGACCGGGAUGAUGGCUAUAGAAGUUGUUUUACCGCAAUGGCUUGUCCUGGCAAAAGGAAUGUCUGCGGGUGCCACUCUCAAGUCCAUCAUGAACCAAGUGUAUAGAGGAGGGACUGCAAAACAAACAGAAGAAUUAAAAGCACCGAGAGUUUGUAGUGGUGAUAUCGAAGUCAACGAUGUUACUUUUGCAUAUCCUUCGAAUCGACAACAAAAUGCCCUUACCCAAACGACUUUCUUCUUCCCCGCAGGAGAAACUACGUUUGUGGUUGGCAAAAGUGGUUCCGGCAAAAGUACAUUGGGAAACUUGUUACUCAAAUUCUAUGAGCCUGAUGAUGGCAGUAUCUCCAUAGAUGGCCAUCGUAUACAGGAUCUCGACACUGAUUGGCUGAGGCAAAAUAUCACGCUUGUUCUACAGCAAAGUGUCGUCUUCAACGAAACAGUUAGAAAGAACAUAGAAUUCGGCAAGGAAGGAGCAACUAACGAAGUCAAUAUCAUGAAUGCCUGUUCCGCAGCCAGUUUAGAGCAAGUAAUUGCUGAUCUUCCUGAUGGUAUUGAUACUAUGAUCGGUUCGAAAGGGAGACAACUGAGUGGUGGGCAAAGACAGCGUGUCGCAUUGGCUAGAGCCAGACUGCGCGAUGCACCAAUCUUAAUUCUGGACGAAGGAACAAGCGCUCUUGAUCUCACAAACAGACUCAAGAUCAUGGAUAAUAUUCGAGAAUGGCGGAAAGGGAAAACGACAAUCAUUGUGACUCAUGACAUCUCACAAAUUUCAGACGAUGACUAUGUUUACGUUAUGGAAGAAAGUAGGGUUGUCCAGGAAGGAUACCGAAGAAAACUCUCUGCUAAAGCCAAUGGUACCUUUGCAACCUUUUCGCUUCUUCCUGAACCGCCUUUGGAACAACCCAUAGACUUUUCUGACAUGAGGAGGAAUUCGGACCCUGGAACACCAGUAACUGGGGGUUUUGAAGAAUUUGUUCAAGAAUUGACACCUCAUUUGUCCACCAUGUCUACACUAUACGGUCCAAAUGCGGGAAAUCAUCGCUCUUUGGAUAUGUCAAAUAGGCGAUUGUCUCUCGGAUAUGCUUCGAUAUCCUAUAUCAAUGACUUGCGCUCAAAAGAUACUUGGGGAUCAAGAGUGGAUAGACCGCGUUCAAGAUUUGAUGAAUUUCAGAGACCUACCUCCAGGUUUCAAAAUUUCGAAGUGCCGGGUAAUACGUCGCCUAUAUAUUCUGCGGCCCCGCCAAGAUAUCAAGAGUCGAGGUUCGACUCCAUCUUAGAACAUUCCACGGGGAAAGAGAAAUUCAAAAGGCAAUCCUCAAUUCAACGACCUAUUAGCUUAGCAUCAUGCAAGACGAAUCGGGACUCUCAAAUCACCACAAUAGAUUCUCUACUGGAAUGUUCCGACGACUCCGCAGAAAAUACCGACGAGCCUAAACCAAACGGAGAAACGAAACAUAUCAAACCUGAUUCUUUGACCAAGAUAUUAAAGACUGUUUGGCCAAUGCUAAAUAAAAGGGAACGUGUAACCCUCUUGGGCGGAUUUAUCGCGGCAUUCAUUGUGGCGGCAUCGACACCAGUAUUCGCGAUCCUAUACACCAACCUUCUCAACACAUUUUACCAAACGGAGAAUCGGAGCUUAAACGCUCUAAAGUGGUCACUUUCUUUGGUCGGUGUUGCAAUAACUGAUGGUGUGGCACGCUUUUGCUCGCAUUAUGCCCUAGAGUGUGCCGGACAAGCCUGGGUGAGUGCUCUACGAGUAGAAGCAUUGAAGAAGAUUCUUGCUCAGCCAAAAUCCUGGUUCGAAGAGCCCAGAAAUACUCCAGGUCGGCUAAACGAAAUUUUGGACAGGAAUUCCGAGGAAAUGCGCAACCUCGUCGGCCGCUUUGCUGGCAUCGUUUUUACGGCACUUUUUAUGCUAUUGAUUUCAAUUAUAUGGGCGUUCGUGAAUACUUGGAAACUUACAUUAGUCUCUAUGGCUUGUGGACCUGUUAUAUUCGCUGUCACCAAAACCUUCAAUCGAGUGAGUGGAAAAUGGGAAAACAAGUGCAACUACGCAUCGGAAAUGACCACCGGAAUAUUCUCGGAAACUUUCUCCAAUAUUAAAGUCGUACGGGCAUUUACUUUGGAAACAUAUUUCCAAUCCAAACAAACUAAAUCUACCGAAGAGCUAUAUAAAGUUGGACUGAUACGAGCGAAUUAUUCGGGAUUGCUUUGGGGAUUGACAGACGCAAUGUCCUUCUUCAUCACUGCCACCAUCUUCUACUACGCCACUGUCCUCAUCACCAAAAGGGAGAUUAGUAUUGCCACUGCACUCCAGACGGUUAAUCUUUUACUCUUCGGUAUUUCUAACAGUACCAACAUGCUGGCCAUGAUACCACAAAUCAAUUCUUCUCGUGUUACAGCUACACAGAUGCUCGAAUUGGCUAAUCUCGAUUCAUCUUCUUCUCAUGAAAAUAAAGGAACAGAACGACUUUCAACCAUCUUUCCAAUCAAAUUUAACCGCCUCUCAUUUACAUAUCCCGCUUGUCCCGAAACACAAACUUUAUCAUCUAUUUCUCUGUCCAUCGGCCCCAAUUCAACAACCGCACUUGUCGGACCAUCUGGCUCUGGAAAAUCCACAAUAGCUGCUAUGCUAAUUGGUCUCUAUCCACCUGAUGCUUCAUUACCCCCGCCAUUAACAUUCAACCGUAUUCCAGUCACGAAUUGUCACAUCCCAUCUCUCCGAGCCUUCAUCUCUCUCGUUCCACAAACACCAAUUCUUUUUCCAGCCACUAUUCUUCACAAUAUCAUCUAUGGUCUCCCAGAAUCUUCCUCAUGUGCUAAUAUUUCAUCAGCUAUUGCAGCUGCAAAAGACGCUGGGAUCAAUGAAUUUAUUAUCUCGCUUCCUCAAAGUUAUAACACGAUAGUAGGGGAUGGAGGACAGGAACUAUCAGGUGGGCAAGCGCAGAGGAUUGUAAUAGCGAGGGCGCUGGUUAGAAAACCAAAGUUGUUGAUUUUGGAUGAAGCCACUAGUGGGCUGGAUGGUGGUAGUGCAGAGGUGAUAAGAGAGGCGGUGCAGAGAUUAAAGAAGAGAGAAGGAAUGACUACGGUGGUUGUUAGUCAUACGGUUGGGAUGAUGAAGAUAGCUAAACGUAUUGUGGUUAUGGAGGAUGGAAAGAUUGUUGAAAGUGGUGGUUUUGAGGAGUUGAAGAAUAAGGUCGGUGGGAAGUUCGGGGCGUUGGUUGGUGAUGAAUCAGGGAACAAUGUUAUGGUUGAAGAAGAUAAUGAUAUCGGGGAGGGUAGCAGUAGCGUUCCUGGUGAUGCUAAUGUGGGGAGCGGACUUGGUAUCAGUAUCCCUGGAUAUGAGGAUGUGGAGAUUCAGAGAGAAAGGGAUGUACCGGUUAGAAGUGGAAGAAGGAGAGAUACGUGGCUGCGGCGACAAAAGCCUUGA